UAAUCCAGGAUAAAGGCCAGACACAGUUAUGAGCCAAUAAAUUCAGUUUGGGAGCUAAAAUAGCUUAGUUCCAGCCUCCGUCAAACUGUUUUUAUUGAAGAAACCCCCGUUUCUGUAACAUUAAAACGAUGGUAAUAAUGGUGUUGCAAGCAAAGGCGAUGAACUUUCAACUUGAUAGAAGCCCAGCAACCCUUGCUGUUCAUCGUUUGACGAGCUUAUGAUCGGGAGUCAAAGACAGAAAGAUGUGCUAAUCUGUGGAAGCGAUAGAGAAAUUGGCUUUAAAACGUGAACGGCCUGGCAUUAUUGAUAUAUUCGAUGUUUGGUUCUUGGAAAUCCCAGGUUGGCUUUUUUGCUACAAUUGUUCUACUGCUGCAGUCGUUUAGCUGGCGAAAUUGCGAGAUCUACAGCUCUGUGGCGCAGAUCGAGAACUUUAUUGACAUUAAUUACGAGGUUCAAGAUGCUUUGAGGGAAUAUAUUACGAGCGUAGAAGACAAUCUACGGGGAAUGAAACAUGCUUUGGACGAGAGUGUUAACGAAGAGGGGUUACUUCACGAUCCCAGCAGCAAUGUCAGUUACCAGGAAGACUAUGCUGUUGCUGUGUUGUCAAGAUUUGCCCGGGUCAGAAAGAAACUGAGAACAAAUUCAGCUUGGCUUUCUGAUCUCAAAGCAGCACACAAGAAGUUCAAUUUAUACCUUAAAGAUAUCAAGGGCUUACUGCCCUCAAAAGAUGACAUAGAUGGCUCAACUGAUGCGAUCAUACGUCUCCAAGAAGCAUAUAAGUUAGACGCAAGAUCCUUGGUUGCGCUGUGUUCAGGCCAUGGCGUAAAUGCAACCCUAUUAACAUUAGAUGAAAUAUACCAACUGGGACGUAAUGCUUUCCUAAAAAAUAAGUUGAGGAUCACCAGAGAAUGGAUGAUGCUGGCCUUAGAGAAAAUUGAGAAUGAAACAAGCAUAUAUUCUCUUUCUAACAGACUAUUUAAUAGCAGUGAGAUCAACUACAAUAUUGAUAUCAGGGACCACCUUGCAUAUGUUAACUUUCAGCUAGGUGACUAUGGAAAAGCUCAAACAUUUACUAAGGAGAUACUGAAUUUUGAUUCAAAUAAUUCUAAAGCGAAGAAUAAUCUAGAAUUAUUGGAUUGGACGAUAAAAUUGAAAGGAUGCACUGAAAAGAUAGAAGAUAAAGAUGAAGAAGACUAUUAUAUACAUCGUCGCUAUGAAUCGUUGUGUCGUGGUGAAAUGUCGUCGAAAAGACAGAAAGAGAAAAGCAGAGAUAGACGCUAUACUUGUGGUUACAUCAGGCAACAUCCAAGUCUUAUUAUCAAACCAAUUAAAUACGAGAUCCUAUCUACCGAGCCUGAAGUUCGUCUAAUCUACGAAAUGGCGAGCACUUACGAAACGAAGGUUCUGCGUCGAUUGGCAUUCCCACAGCUAGAAAGAGCCUCCGUCUCGGAUCUCACUAGCAACACACUAAAGAAAGUCUCUUACCGUACCAGCCAAAGUGGCUGGUUAUACGAUGAGAUGCAUGAGGUAGUUAGAAAGAUCAAUCAAAGAAUGGAGGCUGUAACUGGAUUGUCCGCUCAGACAGCUGAAGAUUUGCAGAUUGCAAACUAUGGUAUUGGUGGCCAUUAUGAGCCUCACUAUGACUGGUCCAGAAAUUUUGAGUUUUCAGAAAUGAAGAAAAGAGGACAAGGCAAUCGAAUAGCAACGGCUUUGUUGUAUCUAAACAAUGUCCCAAAAGGUGGAGCUACUGUUUUUACUGACGCUGAGGUUACAGUUUGGCCAGAACAAGGUUCAAUGGCGUUUUGGUACAACUUGCAUAGAAAUGGCACAGGGACAAUUGAUACAAUACAUGCGGCCUGUCCGGUUCUGAUUGGCAAUAAAUGGGUUGCUAACAAAUGGUUUCAUGAAAGAGGACAAGAAUUCAAGCGGCGUUGCAGUCUGGAUCGACUACAAUAAAGCAGUAUUUUUGCAGACCAAACAAGUUUGUCGCCUUUCUUAUAAGUCUUAUAAACGUAUAUUUUUCGAUAAUCCAUCAUAUCUUUAAAAUAUCACUUGUGAAGCAGUUGUCAUGAUCAAUAGAGUAUAUUA